AUGCAAUUCUUCACCGUCUUCUCUGCCAUCCUCGCCACCAUGGUGGGCGUUUCGACCGCGAGCCCGAGCGCUAAGAUCAGCUGCCUCGCUCAAGGCAACAACGUCGAAAGCAGCCCAUGCAGUAACUCAACUCUCGGCUCAAAUUCGUGCUGCACCCCGCUGUGGUGUGGCGCCGACUUGAAAUGCCACCCCCAGGGCCUCGAGAACUAA